GCAGAUCCGUCACCUGUAUGAGUGUGUGUGUACGUGCUCGUGUUUGCAAAGAACCAAACGCACGGAAACUGCGUCUGCACUGGAAAAGUCGGAAAAAAUCGAAUUUCCCGCGACAAACAAAGCAAAGUGCGGUGUGGUAUGCAUUGUGCCUGACCAGGGAAAUUACCGUGACCGGAUGAGCUGUGUAGAAUAAUCGCCAACGCUGCACAAUUGGGCACGUUUCUGUCCAGCUGCUACUGCACACCGAUGUUGGUUCAGUUUGUGUGUUUGUGGGGUGUAGUUGCUGUGUAGUGCGUCGAGCGAACUUCCGGACACUGAUAUUCUAGCACCGCAUUUCUUUGUCGGGAAUCGUACCGCAAGUGCAGCUCAUAAUGCAGCUCCGUGCGUUGUAGAAUCGGAAACAGCGAGAAAAGGAAACAAGCAGAGAAGCCAGCAGGAGCACACAAGACACUCUCGGUUCCCCUCUCCAGUGUAUGCUAUCAUUCAUACAGUACACACUAGGAAUCAUGAGCAGCCUGGGCAACGGCAACAAUCAGCACAACAUCAACAGCAACACCGGAAGCAGCCAAAACUCGGCCGCAGAAGGCACGAUGGAGCGUGGAAGCUGCAUCCUGGUGCGUUAUGCAAGCCAAAACUCGCUGGACGAAAGCUCCCAGAAGCAGCUGCCACGGUCGAACGGGAAGGAGAAAACGACCGGAGCGUACCGUAACAACAUCCACACGCAGCGCUCGUUCGAGGCCAUGAACAUGAUGCGAGAACAAAACCUGCUGUGCGAUGUGGUGCUGGUGGCGGAAGGGAUCGAAAUCCCGGCGCACAAAAUGGUGCUGGCCUCGUGCAGUCCCUACUUCUACGCCAUGUUUACCGGGUUCGAGGAGAGCCGGCAGGAUCGGAUCACGCUGCAGGGGGUGGAUCCGCGCGCCUUGCAGCUGCUGAUCGAGUACGUGUACCGGGCGGUGGUGGAGGUCACGGAGGACAAUGUGCAGAUACUGCUGACGGCGGCCAACCUGCUGCAGCUGACCGAUGUGCGCGAUGCGUGCUGCGACUAUCUGCAGACGCAGCUCGAUCCGAGCAACUGCCUGGGGAUACGCGAUUUUGCCGACAUCCACGGCUGUAUCGAUCUGCUCAACUAUGCGGAAACGUACAUCGAGCAGCAUUUCUCGGAAGUGGUACAGUUUGAUGAGUUUCUCAAUCUCACCAGUGACCAAGUGGCACAUCUGAUCAAGAGCGACCGUUUGUCAGUUCCUACGGAGGAGAAGGUGUAUGAAUGUGUCAUCACUUGGAUACAGUACGAUGUGAGCGGGCGCCAGCACCAUCUGGCCGACCUGAUGGAGCACGUCCGGCUGCCCCUGCUCUCCCAGGACUAUCUCGUGCAGUACGUCGAGAAGGAGCAGCUCAUGAAGGGCGACCUCCAGUGCAAGGACUACAUCAUCGAGGCGCUCAAGUAUCAUCUGCUGAAAGGCGAGCAGAAAACGUGCUUCAAAACACCCCGCACCAUACCCCGGCAGCCGGUCGGUCUGCCAAAAGUGCUGCUCGUGAUCGGUGGCCAAGCGCCGAAAGCCAUCCGCUCGGUUGAGUGUUACGAUCUGCGGGAGGAAAAGUGGUACCAGGUGGCGGAAAUGCCCACGCGCCGUUGCCGGGCGGGACUGGCCGUACUGGGCGACAAGGUGUACGCGGUCGGCGGGUUUAACGGUUCGCUGCGCGUCAAAACGGUCGACGUGUACGAUCCGGUGCUGGACCAGUGGACCACCAGCCACAACAUGGAGGCGCGCCGCUCGACGCUGGGCGUCGCAGUGCUCAACCACUGCAUCUACGCGGUCGGCGGGUUCGACGGCUCGACCGGGCUCAGCUCGGCGGAAAUGUUCGACCCGAAGCGGCAGGAGUGGCGCCUGAUCGCUUCCAUGUCGACGCGCCGCAGCUCGGUCGGGGUCGGGGUGGUGAACGGGCUGCUGUACGCCGUUGGGGGGUACGAUGGUGCCUCCCGGCAAUGUCUCGCGUCGGUCGAACGGUACAACCCGUCCACCGACACCUGGACGCAGAUUGCGGAAAUGUCGGCCCGACGCAGCGGGGCGGGCGUGGGCGUGCUGGACAACAUUCUGUACGCGGUGGGCGGUCACGAUGGGCCGCUGGUGCGCAAAUCGGUCGAAGCGUACGAUCCGGCGACGAACACGUGGCGCCCGGUCGGUGAUAUGGCGUUCUGCCGGCGCAAUGCUGGCGUGGUGGCGCACAACGGAAUGCUUUACGUGGUCGGCGGGGACGACGGGCUGUCGAAUCUGGCGUCGGUCGAGGUGUACAGCCCGGAAACGGACAGCUGGCGCAUCCUGCCGUCGUCGAUGAGCAUCGGCCGCAGCUACGCCGGUGUGGCAAUGAUAGAUAAGCCCUUGUGAAGCGAGCAGCAGGGCGCACGGGCCGCCACCAAACAAUCCUUCUCCUCCCAUCACCACACCACCACCACCACCUACACCCGGUACGCGAACUGUGCAGCCCUGCAGAAUGAAGCGGCGAGUUUACCGGCCGCCGGGGCCAACGACGACGAGAACAGCCAGGCGGAAGGGCUCAACCCGGAACCGGCCAUGAACAAUGCGCCAAACGGCAACAGUGUGCACUACGAGAACAUUUACGAAUCGAUAGAACAGUUUGCUCCCUUGAACGGUGGUGGAGGUGGGGCGGGAGUCGGUGGUAACGGUGCCCCUGCGGGUAUCCCUGCUGUCUCGAAUCCGGCGCCGCAACACGUGGCAGCCAAUCAACCACAGCCCGGUCCGUCGGGGCGUUCGCUGAACGGCGGUGCUGCUGCAUGCAUUCCGCCCCCACCACCCAGCAUGCUGCACAGCAUGCAGCAGCUUUACCACCCGAUGGCGUACCGGAACGAGCUGUACGAUCGAACUGCCGGCUAUGAUGUGCCACGGGGCCGACCGGCUCCAAGCUACUACCAGAAUCAACCGCCCGUGGCCGGCUCCUCCAAUGGCCGGUAUGCUAACCUUCACCUGGAUCUGAACCGUGUCCGCUAUCCGGUCGGCUCGGCCGCGCCGCAGCAACCGCGACCGCCCCGGCAGCGUAGCUUCGACGACACCGAAUCGUACCAUUACUAUCGCUGCCACAGCCAAUCGAACGGCGUCGCCAAGUGCGACAAUUUGUACGAGCGCGUAAGAGAGGAACCGGCCUACCAGAAUACGGGCUCGUUUGCACCGGCGGCGAACCGGGCGGCGGGUCUUUUCGGGCGGUUCGAUGUGAUCGGGCACGGCGUUGGGCGCAUCGAGCGCCAUCUGAGCUCGUCCUGUGGUAACAUCGAUCACUACAGCCUGGGCGGACACUAUGCGGUGCUUGGCCACAGUCAUCUCGGUACGGUGGGCCACAUACGGCUAAACCAACCGGGAGCCAAUGGACCAGGGAGUGUGGUAGGAGGUCCAGCAGGCACUAAUGCCCCCUACUGUGCGAACGGCACCGCGAAUGCGCAGCCAAACGCAACCAAGGACUCGUCGUCGGUGAACGUGAAGAGCUUUUUCAGCUGUCUCGGGGGCGAAAACUCCCAAUCGAUGAACAAUCUCAACAAACCGUCCACCGCGAAUGGAGCGGCGGGUGGCAGUGUGAACGCGGCGAACGGGAACGACAGUACGCUGGCAGGUGCAGCUGGAGGCGCAGGAGGAGCAUCGUCGGGAGGAGCUUCGGGAGGAACCGGUGGACAGGGUGGAAGCAUUAUGGGUGGAUUGGCGAGUGCCGCAGCUGUUGGUGUGAGUGGUGUGGGCACGGGCGGCACGUUGGGAGGCAAAUCAACCGGUGCCAUCCCGAAGAUAAGCCGAAAGUCGAAACAAUCGCAACAAUCCGCUGUCCAGGAGCCGACUGCCAACGUUCCCGCGCCACCGUCACUCGCUUCCGUGGGUGGCUUACCACCCCCCGACCUUCCCGCGGCCGAUCCAAUGUACGCGAACGGAGUGGGCGGGCGUGUAACCAAACCGUCCCUGCAGUGGCUGCUGGUGAACAAGUGGCUCCCGCUGUGGGUCGGUCAAACGCCGCCGGAUUACAAGUUUAUCGAUUUUAACUUUAUGUUCUCGCGCAACUGUGACGGCUGCUCGACCGCCGGUGGAUCCCACGGGCAGCAGCAGCAGCAAGAAAUUGUACGUUAUGGAGCGAUUGAUCAGGCCGAUUAUAUUCCCCCGGCACGCGAGUACCCCACAAUGACGGGCAGCUACCCGCGAGUGCUGCGCAAUACGCCCCAGCUAGCGCGAUUGCGCGAGCACGAGUAUGAGAACGUGCCACUGAACGAUGGUCCGGGUGCAAGGGGGUCGGCACCACGUGCCGGCCCUGCGCUGCAACCGGUGCGAGCCCGCUCGGAAAGUCCUAGCCGCGUCGGAACGGAUCCACUGCGCAGCUGGGCGUUUAACUUCGAGAACAACACCUUCCGUCCAGCACGCAGCCCGGCGCUAUCGGUGGGCCCCUCUGGAAGUGGCACAAAUGGGACGCCUAAACCGCGCGAAGUACGCCGCAUUACCGAUGGAACGUUCGGUGUGCGCGAUCUUCAACGGCAACCGGACGGCGAGAAACCGGGCCCGAGUGGAUUGGCCGGCAAGUUUGCUGCUGCUGCUGCUGGUGUGAAGCGUGCAACCGAACCGGACCGUGAAGAUGGCCGGCUAUCGUCAGCAUCUUCCUCGUCCGAUUCAGACAACUUUGCGAUCGAAUCGCUUGCUGCAGAAUCCGGCGGACAGCCGGACGAGGAGGAAGAAGAGGAUGGUAGCACCCGGUCGGCAGAGCUGCUGCGCGUGGAGAACGGUGCCCGUGGCGGCGGAGGAAGCAACUCUACGGAGAAGGAGAACGCUGGCAGCUCAUCGAACGAAACGUCCGACUCGCUGAACUAUGACGGGCCGGAACCGGAAGCAGCAGAUCGGUCCCUUUCCGAGGAUGAGGACGAGCAGGCAGCCUGCUGCGGUGCGGUGGUGAUCGUGGAGGAAGAAGCGCCCGAAAAUACCGUAUCAGAAUAAGGGGGGGGGGGGGGGAAGGGACACAAUUUACACAUGACAAUUUACAACAAAAAAGUGUGGUCAUAAGAGAGAAAGAGAGAGAGAGAGAGAGAGAGGGAGAAGGAGAAGGAUAGUGCAGUUAUUUCUCCAGUUUAGCAUUUUAAGUGUAGGCCUAAUUUUACAUUGUUUACUACUCUUCCUGUGAUUACUAAUAUGCGCGCCCCUGCGUGCGUGCGUGCGUGCGUGCGUGUCUCGGAGAGGCUCUAGAAGAAAUUUUUACAAAAGGAACACUCCUUCACCCCCUUUGAUAUCUCCUGCAAUUCAAGCAACUACUGUGUUACACUUACUUGCUCAAUAUUUAUUAACUUUCUUGUUCGCUGUUUCGCCUUGUGCACGGCAGCAUGUUCUUUACCUUCGAAUCUUAAUUUAUUGGCGCUCAGAAAGGUUCCUCCUGGUUUUUUUUCUCUCGCAAUAGUGAUAUUUCCCAAUUCCUUUGAAAAACGAAACAAACGCGUGUCGGAAAGGGCAGAACGCAAUACAAUAAUGCAAAAUUACACUGUUACCUACUUGAGGGGAAAAAACACACACUAAAUGUCGAUUUUAACCGUUGUAGCAUAUAGUAAGUAAAUUCCAACCUAUACACAUACAUCUAAAACGUACAGCAGUGAGUGAGAACCGAUUCGAAAAGGAAAUCUGGACCCCUUAGCACGGUGAGUUUUAGGCAGUUAGUGAGUGUUUACAAGAUUACACGCAUCCGAGGAGUGGCCGUUUAGAUAGUUUGGUAAUUUGGUGUUUGCAAAUGGAUACGAGAAGACUGGAUGAAACUAAAGAGAGUUGGCAAAAGUCAUUCCAGCAAGCGGUACGGUGUGGUAGGCGUUUACGAUUCAUUCCCGAAUUUAACUGUAAUGUGGCAACGAAAAAGGCAACGCAAAGGAAAGCAAAAAACAAAGAAGAAGAAGAAGAAGAAGAAGAAGAAAACACAAAAUUCAGUAACAAUUGUGGCAGGUACAAAAUGAAAAUAGACAAAGACAAAUAACGUUCAAACGAAAGCAAAAAAACCAAUACAUAUUAUGGCUACCUAGCGUUACAUGUAACGCCCCAGUGUAACGCAUUUGCACAUCAGAACAAUUUGAAGCAACAAAAUUAACAAAAAAGGAUUAAUUAUAUGAGAUACGCAAAACAGGAAGCAUGUAAUGUGUAGGAACAAUGUUACAUGUUCGUUAUUUUAGGAAGCGCACACAACAUUACGCGCACAGUAGCGUCUAUUCUUGAUAACACUCCUAUAUUUACACGAUCAACAACACACACACGUGUCCCCAACUAAUCCCAUUUUUUCAUGUUGAUGGACAUAGCGCCAGCGAAAAUGGCCAAUGUGUCCAAGUCACACACACACACACACACACUGUACUUGUGGGUGCGUGCGUGUGUGUGCCUGUUCGUUCGCAUGUAUGCAUUUCGAUAUAUUAUCUCUUGUAGGAAGUGUUGAGAUUAAAUUAUAAUAAAAAACAACUGUGAAAUGUGAUUUAACGGUAAA